CCGGGCGAGACACCAACAGAUGCUGCCCUUACUGCCUUGGUUCGAACGGGUGCUGAUGAGGUGCCAAUUGCAACGUUGGCAUCGCUGCGACGCCUGGUCUUCGAGGCGCAACUCCUCAUGACGGCUCAGGUCAAGCAGUUGAUCGAGCAGCGGGCCGAUGAUCAAAAGGCUGAGUUGGCCCCGGCAGAAAGGGUCUCCGCGCUGGGACAGACGGGAAACUUCCGUUGGAUGUCGAGCUUCCUCUUCUUCAAGGAGAUCCUAAAGUGGCUUUUCACCUUCUACCUCUGGGAGCUGCGAGCGGCUCCAGCGGAUCCAAACGAGGACAAGAUGAUGGAGCUGGUGGUGAUCCGAAG